ACUUAACACAAGGCCAAUGUUUGGAGGUGUGAGAUCUCGCAUUGGGAUCCAGCAGAGUCUCCUCAACAGAUCCUCUCCUGCUGUCAGUUUCCAGCGGACGUUCGAUGCCCGGCAGAAGAUAGGGCUCACGGAUGCCCGGCACAAACUGGGGGUUAAGGAUGCCCGGGAAAAGCUGAUUCAGAAGGAUGCACGGUUCAAAAUCAAAGGGAAGGUGCAGGAUGCUCGGGAGAUGUUGAAUUCCCGUAAGCAGCAAAGUGUUGCUGCUGAAAAGGUGACCAAAGUGGUGGAUGCCAGGGAGAAGAUCAGCCUGAAAAGGAGCACUCCAGCUGCUAUCAGCCCAACUAUGGGAACAGUAAAUCCAGCUGUGAAAAUCACCAAAACUAUCCAAGGGUUGUAUGACAUGGAAGAUGAUGAUGAAAGUGUCUCUCCCCUUCCAAGCAAACAGAUGAAAAUCACCACCACAAACAGUUUCCUGCACAACUCGACUGGUCUGAGUGGCAAUAAAUUCUCUCUGUCCAAGACUGUUCCCCUGACUAAAGUGGUCCAGAACGAUACGUACACGGCUCCACCUGCACCUCCCUCUCCUAUGCGGACGAAAGCCUUGACAAACAUGUCCCGGACCUUAGUGACAAAGGAAGAGCCUCCAAAAGAGCCAGCACCUGUUGAGCUGGCGUUCAGUCCCUUGGAAGGCACAAAGAUGACCGUAAAUAAUCUGCAUCCUCGAGUCACAGAGGAAGACAUUGUGGAGUUGUUCUGUGUGUGCGGCGCUCUGAAGCGAGCCCGGCUGGUGCAUCCUGGAGUGGCUGAGGUAGUGUUUGUGAAGAAAGAAGAUGCAAUCACAGCAUAUAAGAAAUACAACAACAGGUGCUUAGAUGGUCAACCAAUGAAAUGCAAUCUUCACAUGAAUGGGAAUGUCAUUACCUCAGACCAACCUAUAUUGCUCCGACUGAGUGACACUCCUGCAGUGAAGAAGGAAGGGGAACCACGCCGGUCAGGUGCAAGCGCCUCCUCAAAUCCCCCAGCUGAAGUAGACCCUGACACUAUCCUGAAGGCACUCUUCAAAUCCUCAGGGGUCUCUGCCUCUGUGCAGCCCACAGAAUUCAAAAUUAAACUCUGAGAAGGGGCAGUGAGCAGUGGACUGGAAAACUCAUUUAGGUUGGGGGAUGAGGAGAGUGCAGGAGUGCAGAUGUUAUUUGCAUUGCCUGCCUUGAAUUUUUUGUUUUCUAUGAUCGCUACCUUACUGUACAGUAGUGUUUCCUCUUGUGUGUGUACUUUCUGUUUUCAUAGUUGGAGUUUUCUUCCAUGAUUUUUUUCCCCAAGAGAAUAACCUCCCCCUUCUGCCAGUAAUGUAUUACCAAGCAUAUACCAUGUAACUCCAUCCUUUACCCCAAAGCCCUCAGUGGCCAUUAAAAGUGCACAUAGACUUUGAGGGAA